UUACGCUUUUCGCGGUACGUCCGAUAAUGUUGGUUUUGAUGGCUGUUUUCUCACUUUUUUUGUCCCCAACAAUGGCCUGUAAAGGUAUGUUAUUGUCUACGUAUGUUUGUGAUUUAAAACCUGUUUACGUUUCAGUAUAUUUGCACCAGCUCCGGCAUGAUAUUUUGUGGUAUUUCCCGUUCGUGUUAUUGUAGACCGGCAGGGAAGCGUCCCGCUUUCUAUUCUCAACGGCCACCGAUCAAAAGUAAUUUCGUAAAAAGACGCUUUAAACGGCCCAUGAUGACUGAAAAUAUCACAAAUGAGUCGAUUAACAUUUCUUUGAACUAUACUGAUAUAUAUAUUUAAACCAAGAGGUAACUUAUAUAUGUAAUUUUCAGAGCUUCAUUCAUAAUCCGCAUAGAUUGUGUACGUCUCGUGUCAGCAAUUGUUAACCACGAACUACCGUGUGAUAUGUAAACUUUGUGUGUUUAAUGUGUAAACAGUUCCUACCGGCUAACAAGAACUUUGGCGACCCUUUCUAUCUCUCGGGUAACUUAAGAGCGAGACUUACGUCGGUUUUUUACUAAUUUUUAACCGAAUUCGAGUAAGCAUUGCUCGCGCCAGCUUUAGACGGCCAGCUAUUGCCAUUAAUUGUUGUCGAUUUUGAGCCAAGAUCUGCUAAAUCAGCAGAAACUUUAGCCAUCGUCCUGACAGCAUUCGAGUCAUUUUACAACGCAAAAUUUAGCUGCAUUGAGGCAAACUUUUCCCCCCGAAAUAUGCUAUCUGUUGAUAUGAAAAGCAAAGCCAAUAAAUCAUGUCGGUCAUUUGUUAAUAAUGUGGCUCUCGAAAGCUUCAGGUUUUACUUGUAACAUUUAUGAGGGCGUCAAAUUGCGCUUAAUACAGGCGCCAAUGUGACAACAUUUUUCACUUUGGCGACCAAACCCUGAAAAUUAGUCGCCAAAUUGGCCACUAGAAUGUUUCAUCAUAACCUCAUCAAGAUAUAUAGUGAAUUAAAAAGAUUUGCAACGAUAAAUCCGCUACAAACUUCCUCGUUAAGUUUGUUUCCAAAACGCAGCACGUGCAUGUCGAUCGAUAACUAGACGCCAUCUUGAAUAUAGGCUUGAAGGUUGUAUAUGAUCCAUCCUAGUGUCCAUUUUUUAGCCUGUUAAAGAUCUUUUCCUUAACUUAAACCUUUAACUCCCUAGAUCUCAUCAGUAAUUCUCCUUACUGUCUGCCAUACAGUUCUUGUGAUGUUAGUUUGGAGAAUUAUGUAUUGGAUCAACUUAUAAUCCCUUAACUGAUAGCUUUCUUUAUUCUCAUCACUUGUCUGCUUGGUACUGUAUUGAUAUUGUAAGGAGAAAUUCUGUUGUAGUCACUCAUGGGAGUUAAAGGGUUAAUUUUGGAGGGUCCAUCUAGAACACUGACAGUGUAAAAACAAAUGUUUUAGUUUGUCUUUGAAAAUGGCUACCAACUUUUUUUUGAAUUGGCUACCACUUUGAAGAAUUUAAGAGCUAAUUAGCUAUCAGAAAAAAGAAUUAAUUUCACGCCCUGUAUUACUGUACUGUCAUCCACAUAAAUGCACCUAGUUAAAAUAGAAUGUUGUUGAAUCCAAAGAGGAAAUUACACAAUAAUGGUCUUAACUAUCUCCUGAUCAUUUUUUUUUGUCUUAAAUAUUUUGUAGCUUACUGAUUUUCUUUGACAAGGGAAAAUUGUUGUUAUAAAAACAUACAUUAUGUUCUGACAUCAUGGCAGAUCAGGCUGAUGGUCAUAAAUAAGUUUGUAAUUGUCCAAUUAAUCACUGUGCCUGAAAGACUUCAAGGAGUCAUGAUAAAUAUUUGUUUGAAAAUGCAUAACUUCAGUAAAAUUUUUAUGCUUAAAUUCCAAACUCGUCUAGAACCAGCUACCUGUAUAUAAAGAAGGAGAUAUUCAUUGACCUGUACAUUAGGCUAGCAAUGAAUUGCAUGUUCAGUUUGUGUUUAGCAAAAAUUUCUCAUUGAAUCGCAGUUUAUUUUUCCAUUAUAUUUUAUUCAAUAAUUCGCAACUCUGUAUCAAGUUAUUGUCCGUCGUAUUUCAUUAAUGUAUUUGUAGAGUCAGUUCAAUUCGAUUUGUAACAUGGCAUUUGCAACUGAAGACGACACAAGUAAUGUCAAAACAUGUUUUGCAAACUUACCAACAGGGUUCUUGCACAUGUUUCAAAAUUGUAGUACAAGUGCUUUAGUGAUUUUAGACGUUAUUAAAUAUUAUACUUAGAAUGAAAAAUCUGAUUAUAAUUUGCCGUUAUCGUACCAAGGUCAAAGUCUAACUAGUUUUCAAGCUCUUUGUCUGUGUAGUGUUCUCAUUUUUUUCUUUGCAAACUCAGAGGGUAAAGUCCAAUUCAGUUUUUUUGGGGCAACGGAUAUCAUGAAUUUUUUAGCCUGCUGUCUGUGUUGUUUUUUUAAGCCUUUGGCUUAAUUUAUUCAUUUCAAAGUUGACUUUUCUUGUCAGUAAAGGGCUUUUGUUUUUGUAUGUUAAAUAAAAUACUACUUGGUGGCUUGUAGAUAUGAAAUUUCUGUUCUCGCAUUCAACAAGAUAGCUCACUCAUGCGCAUCCACGUAUGAGUCUCUAUGUAAAGCCAAUGUAGUGAAACUAUUUUCUCAUUAUGUCACAGCUCCAGACAUAAUUCAUGUGGAAAUUCACCAGAGAGUAUUGCUACAGAGUUCACUGAUGCAGCCAGAAAAUGGGAUGCUUAUUGGGUGGUUUUCCUGCCCAACUCACGAUUGCAAUAAUGAGUGGGACAGACAUUGGAUAGCUGACAUCUAUUUCAGGGAGAAGAUAAAUAUUGAAAAUCCACACUUCGAUGCCCACCUCAACGGGACUUUACUUAUCAAGGAAGUUCUCCCCAUGUAUGAUGGAAGAUACUUCAUCGUGCGAGUGCAGACAGAUACCGGAGCUGAGCCAAACAUUUACCAUCUUAAAGUAGUACAAGGUAAUGUUUACCUCUUAGUUAUUUUGUUUUAUAUGCUGUCUCCAUGCGUCCUUCUGGCCAUUUUCUGUAUCAGUGUAAAGGAAAAUGGAGUCCUGACUUCUUUACCAAUAUUUUUCAUUUUUUCUCUAACUUAUUUCCAGAGCGCCCAGUUCUGACACUGGUCAGUCAGCAAAAUAUCUAUGUCUUUGAAGGGAUGGAUGUUUGGAUGGAAGCUCAGGUGAAGGCCUACCCCUAUCCAUGGGUUUCUCUAAGUCGUGUCUUGGAGUCAAAUGAAAGUGUCAUACAGGAGACAUCCAACGUCAGUUCUCAAAUAGUAAUGAAGAUUCCAAGCAUCACUAAAGCCCACAGUGGUGACUAUGUCCUAUACACAGAGAAUACUGUUGGAAAUGAUACUGUCAUUGUGAGGGUUAAUGUGGAAGGUAAGUUUAUUCUACUCACUUUUACUCACUGAUGUUGGAUUCCUGGCAUGGUAUAACUUUUCACAUAAGCAAAUAAAUGCCACUUAAAGUCAUGAAAAAGGGAGCUCGGGUUACCAGAUGCCAUCAGAAGACCUUAAUUUCCUAAAAAGAAAAACAGUUUAUGGAACACUGUGCCAAUAGUUUUUGGGGGUGUGGCUCACUUACCAUUACUGCUCAUAGGGUGCUUCAUUUAUUUGCAUUGGAGCCCUCUUAUCUUAACUUAAGAAAAUUAUUUACUUAAUGUUAGAGGAUUAUUACACAUUGAAAACUAUGGCUGAGGUGUCUGCUGUGUUUUUUCUGCAUUCAGGCAUCCCAGGCCGUUUAUCCUCACCACCGCCAGGUAAACACUACAAUCCUUACUUUCUCUCCCCUUCGCUCUCCUCUCUUGUCUCUUUUCUCUCUUCCCUACUCACUAUUCCCCUUCUCUUCUUUGGAGGAUCAACCUAUGACUAUUUUAAUGUUAAUUGUGAGUUGCAUUGGUGGUGAUUCAGAGAAUAGAGGCUUUAAAUUUUCUUCAUGAGUAAUCAAGUAUAUUCUGACAAUUUUGCACCACCUACACCUGUACCUGUUCAACUGUUCAAUGUGCUAUAAUCCCCACUUUUCAAUUUUUCUCACUUUUGUUUUUUUUGUUUGUUUGUUUUCUACUCAGAUACCCCAACUUCUUUGUCUUCAUCUGGUCCAGGUUAGUUUACUGUUGAAACUGAGCAAGCAUUGUUCUGGCCUACUGGUGUUAUUCUUACUUUUUGCUCUCUCUCUAGUUUUUCUCACAUCUUUUUGUUACUUUUGGUAUUGUUUCCUGUUCUGAGGUGCGAUAAGACAUUUUUUCAAGCAACAUUAGACAGCGAAGAUCAUCGGUGGCAUUUUGUGAAUCGUCACUUUGGAAACUUCUUUUUCUCACCCAUACUGUUAUUUAAUUGCGAUGAACAGUUUUUUUUAUAAAAUUAAAAUUAUAUAUUUUAUUUCCCAUGAAGGUUAUAUCCCAGCCUCGGAGGCUCCUAACCUUAUAGACCCUCCUCCCUUAGGUAUGUAUACCGUUGUUUUUUUUGUUUGUUUGUUUGCUUGCUUUUUUCCUGAGGAAAAAAAUACAAACAAGCCAACAGAAAUGAAGACGCUCAUUCAUAUCUGAAUGACCGUCUUCAUUUCUCUGUUCUUCUCCACCAUUUGCUUUUGUUGUUAUUGUUCACCGUCCUAUCGAUUUUUUCCAAAUGAUUAAUGCGUUGCUCCUAACCCUUCGCAACGAGUUGUGAACUAAGUUUGGUUUUAUAGUUAAAUAAAUCUGACGUUUUUUCUGAGUUAUGCAUAUGAAGAAGACGCUUGAAUGCAACAGAUGUUUAAACUUAAACCGCUUUCCCGAUUGAAGCUUUUAGAGGUUUUAGAACACGAGGUUUAAGCUUAUGCAUGGUGUUCCCCAGGAGCCCUGUUAUCAGGUUGAAUGAGAAAAACAAACUAACAGAGAACGAUGACCCAUUUAUUCGUAGAUGAAUGCAGCAAAUACAUGAAGCUUACGACAGCACUUGCGAUAAUAAUUCCUUUAGCGGUGAUAUGCUUUGUUCUUGUAUCAGUGUUAAUAAUAAGUUGUUGCAAAACUUGUAACUGUCACCUAAAUCAAAGCCAGCUGUAUAACUUUAAAGGCCGCAACAAAACAGGUACUAGUAGUUGCAAGAGGGAUACUGAGGCAUCCGUGAACACCGUUAGAUAUGUUAAAAAUUCAACAGCUAAUCAUGCGUAUUCACUGUAGAGUGCUCAUGGAAUUUAACCUUAGUGUUAUUAUUGGCUAUGUUUGUUGCUCUCUAACGGUAAUUGGUAAGGAUUGUGUUUCCAUUAAUUUUUUUUUCUAUUUUUGAUCCUGUAAACUGAUGUAUCAGUGGCACAUUUCUUUUCAAGUUAGAAAAAAAAGUUCAUGAUGUCAGUACGUUACAAGCUGUAAAACUGCAAUUUUUUUUUUAAAAGAGGUUAUUUAAUUUUUUUUUUAUAUUUUUUUCCGUUAUUAUCGAAAUGUAAGCUGUUUUUUUAAGCUAUAUUUUAUCUGUAAAUAGUUUUUUUUUCUUUGUAACUUGAUAUUUUAGUAUUCAUGUAUGGCGGACGAGCCCCCAAAGGGGCGCUAUGCAAUGAAGUAUGUAGGUAUGUCAUGUCUACGUACUUUUUUUAUACAUUCCUUAUAUCUAAAGCGUAUUUUAUACCCUAGAGCAGCAUUUUCCGCUGUAUGUGUGCAAUACUUAAAAAAGGUUUUCGCCACAAUAGAUAUUUAAAAAGCAGGUCAAUUUAUUGAAAUAUAAACGAAGGCAGUCAAGGCUAUUUGAACGCCAUAAUAAUCAGUGUGAAUUUCAUGAAAGCCGUCUCAUUGGGGCGAUGACUUAAACGGCUAACGGUUAAAAUUCUAGCUGUUUUAUGGACAUCGGUUACAUUACUUUAAUUGUGAUUGCAAGAAAAAUUUUUAUGGUUAACUCUAUUUAUCACAGAAACUAAGGUGUAAUACAAGGAUUUCCAGCCCUGGGAAAAGCCGUGACAACACAGGUGAAAAAUGUAUUUUCUCACGUGUUUUUGAUAUCGCCAAUCAGCUGCUGACAUGUUGCUCGCCUUUCGCGCCAAUCGGUCAGGUUGAUUAAUGAAGGGCAAAGCCUUCACCAUUCUCAAUCCAAGGUCGUUUGUCGGAACUUUUUCGGAUUAUGGCUGUUAAAACGCUGAAAAAAAAUCCAUAUCGCUUACAGACAGUGACGAUCAGACUUUGCUAGAAGUAGAUGAAUACCAAAAUACGGAAAGAAAAAACCGAAAGUUACGAAUUCAGUGGCUUUGGUGAUGGCAUUUCUCCCGGCUGUGAAGGAAACUCGACGAAUGGAAGAUUUGCCGUAGGCAGAUUUUAGCGAUGUACCUGAAAGAUGUCUUCUGUUGGUAAGGACCAAGUCAAUGACUGAGGAUUUUGUGUUUUGAAAAUUACGCCCACCGUUUGUCUUUGUAAUGUUACUACUGUUUCUACCGUUUCUACUGUAAUAAAAAGAUGAAUGCGUUUCCGAAUGAAAACACCUUUUUGCAGUUUCGCCAGCCUAACAUGAUCGGGCCAAAGUCUCGUGCAAACAUUACCCCUGUUAACCAAUUAUACGAAUACAUGCAAAGACCUUGUCAGCUGCUUGUAUGAAGGUAACUAUGACACGAAUAGGUCAAUAGAACCACCACUAUAUGACACACAGGUGUCUUUAUCAUCGCUAUAAAAUGAAUAAAUAAACAUAUAAAAAGAAAGAUUCAUAGAUAGGUUAAAACAUGUGAGAUUCGUUCUUGAGAAAAAAACUUUUUCUGAUCUCUUAUUCCGUAAAACAGUCACUUCACUUAAAAUACAAGACGAUGUUGUGUGACCUUUCUUUGUUGAGGUCAUUGCUAAACUUAGUCCAACAUUGGACAUGACCAAGAAAUUAAAUUCACUUUUCCAUUCAACUUGUGAUCGACUGUCAACUGUUCGCCGAAUCGACGUUGAUUUAAUUUGUAGCGGAUUUUCCACUUGAUAUGUACAUUUCUUUGAGAAAAAUUCUUCUGUACUUCUUUUCAUCGGGCUCAAUACUGAGAUCCAAAGAUCCAAAGGUUUGUUAUUAGAGCACUUAGUUUGUUUUAUGAAACCCCAGAAUCUACUCACCUAUCGGCAGAUGUGUGACUCAUUUGUAACUAUGGCGGCAGAUAUACUUUUUCGCAGCCGGAGAAGUCACAACAAAGGACAUGGUUUGUCUGCUGAUGUGGAAUUUUUCUCGCUUUCGGAGUGAAUCGAAAUUUAAUUGUUCAUUUAUCUUUGCCUGAAUGUAGCGAAGCGUAAUGAAACAAAAGAUAAAUGGUUUCUUGAAUUCCCGAGCACGAGUGCAUUUGUCGGCAGUGUGUUUUAAGUGCCGGCGUGAGAUUAUGGGAAAGAAGUGUGAUAUGUAAACUAGCAAGUAUAUAUUCGUUGAACAGUAAACAAGUUUCAUUGUGGAUUUUUACAAGCGGACAGUUAAAUUUUGUUCUUCUUUAUUGUUUGGUUGGAAUCCUGUAGUCCAUUUCCUCGUAACGAUUCUUAGUUGUGCUUUCCUGAUGAUUGACAGUCAUUAUAAGUGGUUUUGUUUAUUCAAUUUACUUUGGCCGCAUCGAACGUGUAGAGUUUGUUUAAUUUUUUUUUUUGGUGUCUAAACAGUGUAAACAGUUGUUUUUGUCUUGUGAUUAGUUGGUUAGUUCAAUAAAUGGGCUAAGAAUUGUCUGCUUAUCCCGCA